GCGGUGGUGGUGGUUGCGGUGGUGGUGGUUGCGGUGGUGGUUGUUGUUGUGGUUGUUGUUGUUUACCGAGGUAGAGCCUCGCUCUCUCUCUCGUUGGGAUGUCAAUUGAGUAGCAGCGAGCAUGGAAACGAUGUCCAGGCGGUGUUUCUCUGUGUGCCUAUGUGUGUCAUCUCUAUGUGUGCCUAUGUGUGUGUCUCUCUCUCUAUGUCUCUGUGUCAUCUCUCUGUCAAUGUGUCUCCGUGUCUGUGUUUUGUCUCUUCUCUCAAAUUGAGCAAUCUUUGGAAGAACGUUAUCAACCAGGCCACGCCCGCUUGAGCUGCUAUACCGCUCUUAUUUUGAGAAGCGACCUGCCCACAACAACAAUAACAACAAGCUGUCGCUUCCUCUGUCGAAUUUGUCUGAUGGAGCAAAGGCAGUCGGCGCAGCUCGGUGCCAAAAGGCAACAAUGCGACCGGUGUGCAUACAGCACGGAUCGUCCUGGACAUUUGACAAGGCACCAGAGAACUCACACAGGAGAGAAACCCUUCAAGUGCACUGUGUGCGGGAACGCGUUUUCAGAUUCGUAUACUCUUGUAAAACACCAGAGAACACACACGGGAGAGAAACCCUUCAGGUGUAGUUUGUGUGGGAAGGCGUUUGCACGUUUAUCUACUCUUGUAGCACACCAGAGAACACACACGGGAGAGAAACCCUUCAAGUGUAGUGUGUGUGGGAAGGCGUUUUCAGAGUCAUCUACUCUUGUAACACACCAUAGAACUCACACGGGAGAGAAACCCUUCAAGUGCAGUGUGUGUGGGAAGGCAUUUGCACAGUCAUCUGCUCUUGUAGCACACCAGAGAACACACACGGGAGAGAAACCCUUCAAGUGCAGUGUGUGUGGGAAGGCGUUUGUAUGUUCAUCUGUUUUUAAAAAACACCAGAGAACACACACAGGAGAUAAACCCUUCAAGUGCAGUGUGUGUGGGAAGGCGUUUGCACAGUCAUCUGCUCUUGUAGCACACCAGAGAACACACACGGGAGAGAAACCCUUCAAGUGCAAUGUUUGUGGGAAGGCGUUUGCACAUUCAUCUGCUCUUGUAAUACACCAGAGAACACACACGGGAGAGAAACCCUUCAAGUGCAUUGUGUGUGGGAAGGCGUUUGCACAGUCAUCUGCUCUUGAAAAACACCAGAGAACACACAAGCAUCAGAAGAUCCACAAGGACUGGAGUCUGAAAUCAGCUUGUGAAAGUCAAAGUGCCGCAAUGAGCCCAUCCCUCAUCAAACAAGAACCGGAAGAAAAUCCCAGCUUGGACACUUUUAAAGGUAUCGAGGUGAAAUGUGAAGAAGUGAUGGUGAAGAGUGAAGAAGUGAUGGUGAAGAGUGAAGAAGUGAUGGUGAAGAGUGAAGAAGUGAAGGUAAAAUGUGAAGAUGAAGAUUCAAUUCCAAAAUCGGACCUUCACAUCGAUGGAGGCAACGUGAAGCAGGAGGAGAAUUCUGACUGUGAGGCAGAGCGAGGCAACUCCCAGCAGUUUGUGGAGGUGGAGGUGUGGGUGGACUUCAUCCGACAAUACAAUGUCAAGUCAAAUGGAGACCCGGUAGAUAUGAAGCGUCUGCCUCUGGAGCAACUCAUUGUCUUUGAAAUAGGGAGCACACUCGGAUCAUUCAUCAGUUACAAGGCAUACCACUCAAAAGUUACACGUAGAGGAGAUACAUUCUCUACAACACGAAUUAUAAUUGUGUCUUACGUGUUGACGUAGAUUUUGUCUAACUAGUAUGAGAAAUGCCCCUUGCUGAUUAAUGUCUGGAUGUUCGUAACCAUCGGUUGAAGCAAGCCCGGCUGCUCUUGAGAUGCUGUGCACCAAUAAGGGUCCACAGGUGGCUUGCACUGAAUCAAUGAUGCACUCCCAGAAGGCUGUGCUAGUUAUAGUUUGUGUAAUACAUUCCUUUGUUUCGUUGAGAGAUCGAUAAAUAAAAUGUCGUGUCUGCUGAUCUGCUUCAUAGCAAGGAGGUAAUUUGAAGGACAUAUUUGAAAUGCAUUUUUGGUACAGAUUUGUAUUCGGUUACAAGGCAGAGCACAUCUAGUAGAUACAUUCACAACAACACUCAUUCGAAAUUUGCAUGACGUCUUAUAUGUUGGCGAACUAGGACAAGAAAUGGUCCUUGCCGAUUAACGUCUGGAUGUUCACAACCAUGGGUUGAAGCAAGCCGGACCGCCUGCAGCCCCCUCAACCAUUUACAGCCUUGGGCCAGGAAAGUCACGAAAAAAAUUGUGCACGAACGAUGCAUUCACGCAAACUCCCGAUGCUCCGUUUUGAAGUUUAAAAAUGA